CUCCCCUUCUGAAGGUCCAAAACUCCAACAAAAUCGUCGAUGAUAACUUGACGAUGACUUAAACUCGCACUCAAAUGAUCACUUAGUCCUCGAGGGACAGUUUUAAUUCUGCAAUUACAAUUGUUAUUGUUUUAAACAGUGAAAACUCCAAAACCCUGCAAAUUACCGCAGAGCCGGAGUCCACAAUCGAGUAAAUUCCUCGAAAAGACCGAACAAAACCCACGUGACAUCAUUUUGAAGCACAAGAGGCAGCACAGUUGAUGAAAAUAAAGUAAAAGUUGAAAUUUCAGUCAGUGACCGAGAAAAUAAUCAAUCGGUUGUCGAGACAGGUUGAGAAACGUCACACUUGUUGAUGUUUGAUCAGAUCUUCUCGUUUUUAUCCUCUAGUUCUGUGGACUGCUCUUGAGAGUUCACGAGAUCGAUUGCUCGUCCGGUUUUUUUACUGUCAAUCAUCGAGAAGUGAAAACGAAAACAACAAGUCGAUUCGAGAAAAUUCAAGGGAAAAUUCGUUAUCUGCAGGCAAUAUGUUAAUCAGGAGAGUCUGCAAUUUAUUGGGAUCAGCUGGGCAUCGACAUGUCAUCGCUAGAAAUUUGAACCUCGUUCCCAUCGUCGUAGAACAAACUGGAAGAGGAGAAAGAGCUUAUGACAUAUAUUCUAGACUUUUAAAGGAGAGAAUUAUUUGUUUGAUGGGACCAAUCACAGAUGACAUUUCAUCCCUGGUAGUUGCUCAACUCUUGUUCCUGCAAUCUGAGAGCAGUAAAAAACCAAUUCAUCUGUACAUAAAUUCCCCUGGAGGCAGUGUAACAGCAGGCCUUGGAAUUUAUGAUACAAUGCAGUAUGUGCUACCACCGGUUGCAACUUGGUGUGUUGGGCAAGCUUGCUCUAUGGCAAGUUUACUUCUAGCUGCUGGUGCUCCUGGAAUGCGUCAUUCAUUGCCCAAUGCCAGGAUUAUGAUACAUCAGCCAUCCGGUGGAGUUCAAGGACAGGCUACGGAUAUUCAAAUACAGGCGGAGGAAAUUUUGAAACUCAAGAAACAGAUCAAUCAGCUUUAUGUCAAGCACACUGGACUCGAGCUGCUUAGGAUAGAAAACAGUAUGGAGCGAGACAAGUUCAUGUCCCCAAUCGAUGCCAAAGAAUUUGGAAUCAUCGAUAAAAUCCUGGAGCAUCCACUGCAAGAGAAAGACGAAAUUGACUCGACGAGGACGACAGCACAACCAUAAAUAUUGAAAAGUCAAUAAAAUUAAAGGUGAAAAAGAUUAUUGCAAAUUGUUAAUGUUUAAUAAUAAAAUAUUUAAUCGUAAUAAAUGUUAUAAACUAUUCUGUAUUUCGUAGUUGAACUCAUUCCAGAUACAGUUGAUCAAAUAUUGUGCUUUUUUCAGUUGAACAAGUCUCACUUUUUUCAUAUUAUCUUGCUCCAUCGAAAAAUAAUAUACAUAAUAUUUAUCACGUGCGAUUACGUUUGGCAGUAGAAUAAUACGUUAACUGGAA